CAUUCAUUUCCCCCAUUGUUCUCCUGGAAGAUUUUCUAGCACUGCAGUCCAUGAGAAAUGUUUAAAUCUAGCUGCUUGCUCUCAGUUUUGUCAAGAUGGAAAUAUAAUUUUUGAAGCGAGAACCUGUAACUCACCUGGGACACGCACAUCUGUCUUUGUUAUGGAAGAGUUAAAUCCUUCAUAUCAAAAUUCUCCCCAGUGUGAGUGAUUUCUGUGGUUUGCUCAUUCUAGCAAAGCAGCGGAGUAAAGGUUAUCCAUAUUACACCAAUUUGCUUUAUAUUGCAUCAAACCUCCCAAAUGUCAACAUAUCAUACAGUUUGUAAUGCAUUGAUUCUGGGGCAAUAACUCUUACUCUUAUUGUUUCUUAAAGGGUGUUGGUGCCAGAAGGAAAGAAUGAUUGAUGAGAAACAGACACCCGGCUAUAGACACUCAUCCUUUUGCUUCAGAUACUGAUAUCCUAGUGCAUCUGAGCAUCCCUUGCGAGCAGUGAGCACUGAGGAUCACCCAGGGUUAUCGGACGUACAACAGGAGAGCCAUCACUUUGCUAAAUCAUUCUCUGCCACUGGACAUCUUUUACAAAAACCAAACCAGACCCGAGUCUAAUAGCUAUGUUCUAGGACAAUAAAAAAGCUGCAAGUUGUUGUCAACGCCUAACGCACAACUAUGUUAGGCUUCCACCAAAGUCCUCAAUAUACCUGAACACGCACAAUAUCGACCCUUCACUUUUAGAUUUGGAAUCUAUAGACAUAUAUGUAUAUGUAAAGUAGACAUAGCUCACAGAUAACCAAACCCUGCUUUAUUACUGCGAGGAUUGCCAAGAAUUCAGAUAUGUAUUUGUCAAGAUUCCUGUCAAUUCAUGCCCUUUGGGUUACAGUGUCCUCAGUGAUGCAACCCUACCCUUUGGUAUGGGGACAUUAUGAUGUGUGUAAGACUCAGAUUUACACAGAAGAAGGGAAAGUUUGGGAUUACAUGGCCUGUCAGCCGGAAUCCACGGACAUGACCAAAUAUCUCAAAGUAAAACUGGAUCCUCCGGACAUUACCUGUGGAGACCCUCCCGAGACGUUCUGUGCAAUGGGCAACCCCUACAUGUGCAAUAAUGAGUGUGAUGCAAGUACCCCUGAGCUGGCGCAUCCCCCUGAGCUGAUGUUUGAUUUUGAAGGAAGACAUCCCUCCACAUUUUGGCAGUCUGCUACUUGGAAGGACUAUCCCAAGCCUCUCCAGGUUAACAUCACUCUGUCUUGGAGCAAAACCAUCGAGCUCACAGACAACAUAGUUAUUACCUUUGAAUCAGGGCGUCCAGACCAAAUGAUCCUGGAGAAAUCUCUCGAUUAUGGACGAACAUGGCAGCCCUACCAAUAUUACGCCACAGACUGCUUAGAUGCCUUUCACAUGGAUCCCAAAUCCGUGAAGGAUUUAUCACAGCAUACGGUCUUAGAAAUCAUUUGCACUGAAGAGUACUCUACGGGAUAUAUGACAAAUAGCAAAAUCAUCCACUUUGAAAUCAAAGACAGGUUUGCGUUUUUUGCUGGACCAUGGCUACGCAAUAUGGCUUCUCUCUACGGGCAGCUGGAUACAACCAAGAAACUCAGAGACUUCUUUACAGUCACAGACCUGAGGAUAAGGCUUUUGAGACCAGCGGUUGGGGAAAUAUUUGUAGAUGAGCUACACUUGGCACGCUACUUUUAUGCGAUCUCAGACAUAAAGGUGCACGGAAGGUGCAAAUGCAACCUCCACGCCACUGUGUGUGUGUAUGACAACAGCAAAUUGAGCUGUGAAUGCGAGCACAACACUACAGGUCCAGACUGUGGGAAAUGCAAGAAGAAUUAUCAGGGCCGACCUUGGAGUCCAGGCUCAUAUCUCCCCAUCCCUAAAGGCACUGCAAAUACCUGUAUCCCCAGUAUUUCCAGUAUCGGUAAUUGUGAAUGCUUCGGCCACUCCAAUCGAUGCAGUUAUAUCGAUCUGCUCAAUACAGUCAUUUGCGUGAGCUGUAAACACAACACUAGAGGGCAGCACUGUGAGUUAUGCAGGCUGGGCUACUUCAGAAAUGCUUCUGCACAGCUGGACGAUGAGAAUGUGUGCAUAGAGUGUUAUUGUAACCCUUUGGGCUCAGUCCAUGAUCGUUGUAAUGGCUCAGGAUUUUGUGAGUGUAAGACGGGAACAACAGGGCCUAAGUGUGAUGAGUGUCUGCCGGGAAAUUCCUGGCACUCCGGCUGUCAACCGAACGUCUGCGACAACGAGCUCCUGCACUGCCAGAACGGAGGGACGUGCUACAACAACGUGCGCUGCCUCUGCCCGGCCGCGUACACCGGCAUCCUGUGCGAGAAGCUGCGGUGCGAGGAGGCGGGCAGCUGCGGCUCCGACUCCGGCCAGGGGGCGCCCGCGCCCGGCUCCCCCGCGCUGCUGCUGCUGACCGCGCUGCUGGGCGCCGCCAGCCCCCUGCUGGUCUAGGCGCGCCGCCGGCCACCAGCCCGGCCCGGGCCCGCCGCCGCCGCGCGGGGGGGGGAGGGGGGCAACGCGACCCGCAAGCAUUCGCUGCGACCAUAGGAAACACACCCUCAGACACCCCCACUCCGACACCGUGUACACACUAAGAAGGCCUGACUGAACUAAGCCAUACUGAUCAGCCGUGGACAGCACAUCCGAGUCAAGACUGUUCAUUUCUGACUCCAGAGGCGUUGGCAGCUGUUGAUCCUACCACCGCAAAUCAAAUGGCCAGCUGCAGAGCUUAUUGCCGCCUGGGAAGGCGCGACACCCCCCCCCCCCCCGCCCCGACACAGGAAAGACAACAAACAAACAAAUCAAGCAACCCUCAACCGCUCGCUACUCCCCCGUGGGGCGCCCCAGCACCAGGGGCCCAGAGUGUGGACCAACCCAACAGAAGCAUUCUUUGCUGGCGGUGCACUGUGGGUGUAAAGAAAUCUGUUACAAGCUGCCAUAUUGGCCUGCUUCAGUCCCUGAACCCCUUCCAACCUGUGCUUUAGUGAACGUUGCUCUGUACCCCUUGUUGGUUGAAAGAUUUCUUUGUCUGAUGUUAGUAACGCACAUGUGUAACAGCCCCCUCCAAAAGCUCAAGCCAGUCAUCCCCCCUAUAUCUUAGCAGCACUGAAGUCAUUCCCAGGGCGAGCACACAUCCGCUGUCCAAGAGUGGCUCUAGGAAAAAAGAAAGUGUACCUAUCCUUUUGUAUUCAAAUGAAGUUAUUUUUCUUGAAAUACUGUAAUACGUAGAUUUUUUGUAUUCUUGCCAAUUUGUGUUACCAGACAAUCUGUUAAUGUAUCUAAUUCGAAGCAGCAAAGACUGACAUUUUAUUUUGUCCUCUUGCGUUCUGUUUUGUUUUCAUCGUGCAGAGAUUUCUCUGUAAGGGCAACGAACGUGCUGGCAUCAAAGAAUAUCAGUUUACAUAUAUAACAAGUGUAAUAAGAUUCCACCAAAGGACAUUCUAAGUGUUUUCUUGUUGCUUUAACACUGGAAGAUUGAAAGAAUAAAAAUUCCUGCGUAAAUGAUUUCAGGAAUUUGUAUUGCAAUUUCUUAAGAUGAAAGGAGCAGCCACCAAGCAGUUGCAUACUCACUUUACUGGUUCCUCUGUGGACUGAAUGCAUUCAGCUGACGAAUUUAGUACCCAGGAAGAUGGAUCGAUGUUCACUAGCUUGGACAACUUCUGCAAAAUAUGAGACUAUUUCCACUUGGGAAAAAUUAUAACAGCAAAAAAAAAAAAAAAAAAAAAAAAAAUCUAAGCGAUUGCCAAGAUCAUGCCAAAGCCUGUUGGCAGAGUACUAAGAGACUUUAAUUUUUAAGUCAUGCUAUUUUCACAGAUUGAUGUGAUCAUGUGACUCCAGGGAUGGUGAUCUGUGUAUCUUUGCAAAUACAGUGUUUACAUGGAGUAUCAUGAGAGGCAACCUGGAGAACCAGGAAAGUGGCAGGGAAAUUGAGUGAUUAGCAAUUUGAUUGAAUAUCUACAGACUUAGUAUUUAGAGGAAAUAGCAACAUAUACAGCAGCAAGGAAACAUAACUGCUGUUCCUGAGAAUAAAGUUUGUUUUAAGUACCACCCGAGGUGUAAUAAAUUGUUUCUGCCUUUUAGCAGGCCAAUGACUGCACCAGACAGAGAGGGCUGGGGUGGUACGGGGGGAACCCUUGCAAAGUCUCAAAGUGGCUCAAAGAGUGUGCGUUCCGUUCCCAGCACGCUGUUGUCCCACGGCUUACAAAUGUGUUAGCAGCAGGACCUGGAAUCAAAAACAAUUAUCAGCCCAAGCCAGAGUCUUUCGGACAAUGAAGUCCUUCAUGACUUGGGAGAGCAAUAAUCCAUGAUAGUGUUAGGUUGGAAGCCUGCUCCCGGGCUGAAUUCUUCACCCCACCAUGGGAUGGGGGCCCGGGGCGGGGGUGUCUUCUGAUAAAUAACCUGGGCGAAAACUAGAUGAAGGAACAUCGUGUCUUCUUGGUUUUGUUCCCAGAAAGGCCAAUUCAAAACAGGCAAUACAAGGUAAACAGGUAAUGCCUGUGCUGCCUGCCACCCCACGUCUAAGUCGAUUGAAUAUUUGUUAUUCAAACCAACAGUCUCUUUUGAUGUAAGAAAUAAGGAAAGAUGGAAAUAAAUUCGAGCGCUGGUUUAGUGCCAGGGUGGCCAACCAGAAAUUGGAGAUUUACAUUAGAAGCAUAAACAGCAAAUUAUAGUUCAGACUCACCAAAGAAUACACAUGAAAAUGCUGAUAACACACAGAGUUUGAGAUUACUUAUAAUGAGGUGGAUUUCUCAUAUUAAAAUUGGAAUUUAGGUUGUCUUAUAGUUUAUUAGCACAAACCAAAGGCAGACUGUGUUAUUUCUAGUAACCAUGCACUUUAUCAUUAUCCACUCAUGGCUUUGUCACAAUGCUCAGGAAUCAGACUCUGCACAUUGCAAUACAUGGGAUUCCAAAAGCUAAUUCUAAAAUUUAAUGAAGUCUUGAUCUAAAUCAAUUCAUCUGCAUUUUAUCUUUAUGAGGCUAUAAGAAUCUAAAUUGAUGAGGAAUAUCUUGCGUUCCAUGUAUUUAGAUAUAGUUUUCUGAAU